GUGGUGUGGACCGUGGUGGAGGCAGGUGGGGGCCACGCUCUCUCCUGCUGUGUCUGGCUGUCUCCUCGCAGUUACACGUCUACCCGCCCACCACUCGGGUCUCUUGUACUCUGCCAUAUCCGUGGAUUUACUCGCUCCUCCCUCUCCCCGCUUUUAAGUGCUUGCCCCCCUUCGUGUGCGUUGGCGUGAUGGUCUUGACGGACGUGUGGAUAUUGUAGUGGAUUGUGCUUGUUCCCUGGCCAGUGUUCUUUUAGCGGUCUGGUGCUGCAAGUGUUGGGCGCCGUGUGAAGUGAGCAUCACCUCAUCAACAUAUCACCUUGUACCUGACACACUCGGCGGCUGUGCUUUAGUGUGCAGUAUUUCCCUAGAAGUGGAAUAGAAGUAGUGAGAAAUUAGAGAGUUUUAGCCAUCGUUUCAUAUAUUAAAAGGGAAUUUUCUGUGAGUGAUCGCUAAUUUGGUGCUGUAGUGGGCACGCUUGCCGACAGUGCAUGUUGCAGUAUGUUGUGUACAUCAGAUAAGAGCGCCGGUCACAGCAGGGGCAAAAUUGCAUCUGACUCUCUGUUCUUCCGUCUUUCGGAGAAUGUUCUAUGAAUCCCGCUAUCGCUUGUGGAGAGAUUUUUGCAAAGAUUUUAAUAAGCCUUACUUAUCGCUACAAAUUUUCUUGGCUUUUGUAUGGCGAUUAGAUUAGCCACACAGAAAAGCUGCAGCUUCGGGAAAGAUCUGUUUUAGUUUGUAUGACAUAGAAAAGGCACUAGAUAUGAGAAGUGGCAUAACUCAGGAAAUAUAUCAGGUUUGAGGCAAAGUGAAGUGCAGAUUGAGCUCGUGGUUGUGAUGGUCGUGUUAUGCCAGGGAGGCGUGGCUGGUGAUCGGCCAUGAAACCUCUCAGCUUGGAAGGAUUGCGGCGCCUGGUCCGUGGAGGCCGGGACAAGCAGGGGCAGCAGCAGGCGGAUUCGCAGCACUUCCGUCGAUCCAACUCCUUCAAGCGAGCUUCCCUGCGCCGCUCCACACGUCGCCAUGAAAAGAUCACGCUGCCCAACGGCCUUGUCGUCAAGACUUCGGCCGUGCAGCGCAAGUCGUCCGUCUCGAGUGACGAGCGCCGAGAUGACGGUUACUCGACUGACGGAGGGGAAGCCGGGGGCUAUGGAACGUCCUCCACGGGACUCCCCCGUCGUGUCAUCACGUACGACGAGUGGAGAGUGGCGGUGAGUGACGAGGACUCUCUGAAGCGCACCGACGAGUCGCUGCCGUCAACUCUGUCCACCAACAAGCUCUCGUCGCUCGACUCCGGGGUCCGGCACUCCCUCGACUCCAAGAAGAAGGUCAGCAUCGACUCCACCAAGAGACUCAGCUUGGACCGCCGCAAGACCUUAGGCGUGGACAUCGGGCGGCAGCUGGGGUCGUCAGGGCCGCCGUCGUUAGGGCAGGAGGUAAGGCAGGGCAAUGACGCUCCAAGCUUUCGUCGCAGUGUGUCCGCAGAGUCGCCGGUGCCUCCGCUGCGGAUCAAGAGCCUGCUGGGGUCGCCGCGGGUGGCGCCCAAGACCCGCGAGCCCCCAACCACCCCCGCGCGAUCCCUGCACAAUACCCCCAGCAGGACACGGGCAUAUCAGCCGGUGUCAGCACCUCCCACUCCUGGCAAGACCCAUGUCCACCGACUGGCUGGGCCGCUGACGCCCACACAUCAGUUACGGGCGUCAUGGCACGAGAGAGAAACCCGGCGCUGUGCCAUGCACUGCCCGCCCGGGUCGCCGAAAGUCGCCCAGGAAACGAAAGCCCAAGGAAGCCCGAAGCCUCAGAGUCGAUGGUCGGCCAUGUUUUCGGGGAGUUUUUUCUCUCGUUCGCCUAGUAGGAAGAACCAGCAGCAGCAGCAACAGCAGCAACAGCUGCAGCUUCAGGCACAGAGGGAGCAGGAGGAACUGCGACGCCAGCAAGAAAUAAUUGAACUGGAAAAGCAACACCAGUACUACAUGUGCCACAACCAGAUUGUGUGUGCUGGUUCUCCCGCCCUCGUACGCCAGCGCUCGGUGCAUUCGUGCGAGUCUCCGUCCUUGAUGCGACACUCAGGGACACAAAGCAUCCAUCCGAGCGGCCCGGUGAGCCUCCAGGGCUAUGGCAUGGCUCGCGCCCAAGGGGGUCCUCGGCCGAGGAAUGACCUCAACCCGAGCGGGCCGCGCAGUUUGGGGAUCCCGCCCGGUUACGGGAGCCCCUCUGCUAUACCUCGGCACCUCGCCCACGAAACGUCACCCAUGGCGCGCCAGUAUUCUAAUGAGUCAGGUGCAACGGCCCGUCAGUUUUCUCACGAGUCAGUGACAAUGAGUCGUCAGUUGUCGCACGAGUCGGGCACAAUGAGCCGACAAAUAUAUCAGGAGCCAAGUGUUAUUGGCCGACAAAUGUCAUAUGAGGCUGUAGUCAUGAAUCGGCAAAUUUCCCAUGACAGUGCUGCUAUGGGACGUCAGAUGUCCCACGAGGCAGUAGCCAUGGGUCGGCAGCUGUCACAGGAGUCAGGUUCUAUGGAGCAUCGCAAUUCCCGCGACUCCACGCCUCCAGGCCGCCAGUAUUUGCACCACGAGCCUGCACCUCUGACUCGCCACUUGUCCCACGAACCUCCGGCGCCGAGCUCCCCGGCGCUCCUUCAAAGACACCGGUCCAUCCCAGCCUCAGGCCUUCAGUCCCCUGUGUUCAGACCGCGACCUCUCUCCUCCCCCGCCACAACGCACUCGCCCAAAGCCCUUCAGGUGCUCGGCGAGGCUGCCAGUGUUGUCAAUUCGUCGCAGUUUUAUCCGGGACGACUCACGGGAGGCAACCCCUUCGUCGGCGGUUUGCCUUCGGUGCCCGUCGGUGCUAGACCUUCUUCGUCAGACCGAACUUCCUCACGUACCAGCUCCCAGGAGCGCCCCGUCCCACCUGUUCCGCCCAUCCCAACCCACCGCCCUCGGACGCCCGUGUCCAUUAUUCGUCACGCCGUCCACCCUGGCCGCCCUCUUUCCCUGGCCAUGUCCUCUGCCCCUCCAGGCCCAGAUUUGAUCAGCCCCGCCAGCAUUACAAGCGAAGCCUCCAGUCGAGGUCGACGACGACGUGGGCCGGGCCUCCUCGUGGGCCGCACCAGCUGGCUUGCACGGGCAGCCUCUGCCCGAAGGUCUGCAAGGCAGGCUCGUCGUGCUAAAAAAGCAGCUCAGCAGCUGCAGCGUCAGCAAGAGUUUGAAAUCGAGGAAUUGGAUGAGAGGGUUCCCAGCAGCCGGCCUCUUCGUCCGGAAGCUUUCCAGUCAGCCAAAAGCCAGCAGCCCAGCAAUCAGCAGCCAAACUCCAUGGUGUUUGUUCCGCCUCAGCGCCGUCGUUCCUCGGGUGCUGUCAAAAUUCCACAAACUCUCCUACGGCGUUUUGAUGUUCCUGAAAUCCGCACUGCCCAUGCCCAUCUGCUUAUGCCCCUCAACCAGCCUGUUGGGUCACAUAUGAUUGACGGCAGGAGUCAAAAGGCUGCACAGUUUGUACGGUCCAUGUUAGAGGAGGACGAACAAGAGGACGAGUUAGGUGUCAAGGAUACUACCAGCGAGCCAGGUAUUGCCAAGUUUAACUUGACACCCAUCAAGAAACCGAAAUCGGAACCAAGUACUGCAAGAAUAAACUUAAGAUUAGCCAAGAACCCCGAGCUCGUUUUGAAAGCUCUCAGUGCACUGGCAAAGCUUGGCAAGAACAAACAAGAAAGUGAACAAGAACAUCGGCCUCUCGAAGCCACGAACGAACGCAUCAUCACGCAGUUCUUGCUACAAGACUUGGUCAAGAGCAAAAACAGAUCAGGCCAGGGAUCGCUGGAGGGCAGCGCGGAGUCCCUGGUCGAGUCCCUGGUGUCGAGCCGUGGCAGCAGUGGCGCCCCGAGGGCGACACGCCGCGUCCGCAGGAAGAAAUCCCAAAAGAAGCAGCCCACGGUUCCUGCUUACCCGUCUUGGAAGAGGACGCCCAGGGUGCGCUCCCCCAGAGGAAACCCAGGCGACAUCACGCAGAAAGGAUAUGAGAAGAAGAAGGCCCGUCUCCUCCAGCCCUAUGUCACCAGGGAUCCGAGUCAGGGUGCGCAGGCUGGAGCGGCCUCCCCCUCCACGCGUUCGCGACGCAGGGCGCAGCGGCGAGUCACCCGGAACGAGUCCCGCUACCAUUCCGAGGUGCGCCAGGAGGCCGUCAAGGAAGCUCUGGCACAGUACCAGUCACGUCCCAAGAAUCUCCCGCUGCCAUCGAAGCGGUCCUCUGUCAUGACGGCAAGAUCCCCGGACAGGCAUCACCGUGACUCAGACUCAGAGGACAGUGAUGAAGACAGUGUCACAGCAGAAGGUAGUCUGGGUAGUAGUGGGGGUCAGAGUGGGUCACAAGGGACCCCAGAGGUGACACGUACCCCUCUGCUCCUCCCCCCACCCCAGAUGCCCCCUCAUGGCAGUGGCGGAGGCACCCCAGCCAGCAGCUCUGGCAGCAGUCAUCACACACCACCACACCCACUCCCUCCCAAGCAGCAGCAGCCCCUCCCACCCAUACCUCCACACAGCAAUCGUCUUUGUAAUGGAGAUGAAGAUGAACGUAGGAGACGUGAAAUGUCAGAAAUGACUGAUUUAAUGCGUAAUAUAACCUCAUUUUCUCAACCACCGGACGUGACGAACAAUACAGGAGGAGGCAACAACCGAGCUCCCCGAGAUGAUCGCAUUGCUCGCUACUCUGGCCCUCCUCCCGGCAGACAAUCAUCCUCUGAUGCUGGUAAGCUGAUGAAGCUCAUGAUUCUAACUUCAUUAUAUCAGAUUGUCAAACAAGAUCACUCCGGAUUUGUUUGGUGUCAUGGGAUGUGGAUUCUUAUUUUUCUUGUACAGGUUACAUGGAAUUCCUUAGAGUAUAGAUUCACAUUUCACCGGAACCGUUCUCAAUAUAUACCAGCAGGUCUCCCACGAUCAGUAGAAGAUGCAGUAUAUCGAUAUGGGUCUUCCUCUGGGUAUAAAGCCCCCGUUGCAACUAUCCUAGAUGCAAAUGGAAAACUGUCUGUCUCACUCACAUAUGGGAAAUUGUUGAGCAGGUCUCAGAAAAUGGCAUACAACCUCUUGACCCGCCUAGGAGGUCGAGGUGAAGGAACGGUCAUGCCAGGAGACCGUGUGGCCCUAGUGUAUCCCAACAAUGAUCCUGUGUCCUUCAUGUGUGCUUUCUAUGCAUGUCUACAAGCUGGACUUGUUCCUGUGCCCAUUGAAGUGCCGCUCUCAAGACGAGAUGCUGGCUCGCAACAGGUUGGUUUCUUGCUGGGAAGCUGUGGUGUUUCUGUAGCUCUUACAUCUGAGGCUUGCUUCAAAGGCAUUCCAAAGACCAGUGCAGGUGAGGUAGUGUCUUUCAAAGGCUGGCCCAAACUCACAUGGUUCAUUACUGACCACCUGCCCAAACCUCCCAAAGAAUGGCAGACACCUCCAAGACACUCUGAUGACUCUCCAGCAUAUAUUGAGUAUUCUACUGACAAGGAUGGAUCUGUCAAAGGUGUUGUGGUAACUAGAUCUGCAAUGCUGGCACACUGCCGUACAUUAACAUCAGCAUGCAAUUACACUGAAGGAGAAGUAGCAGUUUGUGUCCUUGACUUUAAACGAGAGGUUGGAUUGUGGCACUCCAUGUUGUGUUCUGUCUUCAAUGGGAUGCAUGUCAUCUUCAUUCCCUACUCAGUCAUGAAGGUCAACCCUGCCUCAUGGAUGCACAUGAUCACUAGAUUUAAAGCAAGCAUAGCUGUUGUCAAAUCCCGUGACCUCCAUUGGGGAUUGUUGGCCACCAAAGAUCACAAGGAUGUAAGCCUUCAGUCAUUACGUCUUCUGUUAGUUGCUGAUGGAGCCAAUCCUUGGUCACUGUCGUCAUGUGAUCAGUUCCUUGCUGUAUUCCAAAGUAAAGGAUUGAGACCAGAUGCCAUUUGUCCUUGUGCAUCAUCACCUGAGGCUCUGACUGUCUCUGUUAGGAGACCAGGCCAUGGGGGUGCCAAUGCAGUUGGCAGAGGAGUAUUAAGCAUGCAGGGUCUGAGCUACGGUGUAGUACGUGUAGAUCAGGAGAAUUCCCUUACUUCACUCACACUGCAAGACUGUGGACAAGUGUUACCAGGAGCAAUGAUUGUGGUAAUUAAAUUGGAUGGGCAGCCCUAUGUCUGUCGUACAGACGAAGUUGGAGAAAUUUGUGUGGCCGGAGGAGCAGUGGGUGACCAGUACUGGGGCCUUCAGGGUAUGACCAACAACACAUUCAAGGUCCAGCCAUUACUUCCAGACAGCACUCCUAUGUCAGAAAUGUCAUCUUAUGUCAGGACCGGACUUCUUGGAUUUUUAGGACCUGGUGGCCUUGUGUUUGUGUGUGGAUCACGAGACGGGCUCAUGACUGUCACUGGACGUAAACACAACACAGAUGACAUCAUUGCUACUGUGCUGGCAGUUGAACCCAUGAAAUUCAUUUACCGUGGCCGUAUUGCUGUCUUCUCUCAUAAAGUCUUGAGAGAUGAGAGGAUCUGUGUUAUAGCAGAACAGAGACCAGACUGUUCAGAAGAAGAGAGCUUCCAAUGGAUGUCUCGAGUUCUUCAGGCAGUAGACAGUAUCCACCAAGUUGGCAUUUACUGUCUGGCUCUCGUUCCUCCCAACCACCUUCCCAAAACACCACUCGGAGGAAUCCACCUGUCUGAGACACGCAAGAAGUUCCUUGAGGGGUCAUUGCACCCGGCAAAUGUGCUAAUGUGCCCGCACACCUGCGUCACCAACCUACCCAAACCACGGGAGGUUCAUCACGAUGUCGGACCAGCUAGUGUGAUGGUAGGCAACUUGGUGCAGGGGAACAGGCUAGCAAGCGCACAGGGACGAGACAUGGGACUCAUGGAUGAUGAAGAUGGAACAAGAAGGCAUCCUCAGUUCAUAGCUGACAUCCUCAAAUGGCGAGCUACAACUACAGAAAACCAUGAAAUUCUUACCCUUCUCAACUCAAAGGGACAAGUUGCUACCUCACUAACCUGUGCUCAGCUCCAUAAAAAGGCUGAGCGUGUGGGUGUCUUGCUGCUAGAGAAGGGACACAUUAACACUGGUGACCAUGUUGCCCUUAUUUACCCUCCAGGGGUGGAUCUUAUAGCAGCCUUCUAUGGAUGUUUGUAUGUGGGUGCUGUCCCAGUGACCAUCCGCCCACCACACCCACAAAACCUUCAGUCAACUGUCAACACUGUUAGGACUGUUGUAGAAGUGUCAAAGUCCUCACUUAUAUUGUCUACUUUAUCAGUAAUUAAAUUGCUCAAAAGCAAGGAGGAAAAGUUUGACAGUGGAAAGAAAUGGGCUCCGAUUCUUGACACGGAUGAUCUGCCAAAGAAGCGCUUGCCAUCAAUCUACAAGGCUCCAACACCAGAAAUGAUUGCCUAUCUUGACUUUAGUGUCUCAACAACGGGAAUGCUGGCUGGUAUCAAGAUGUCUCAUGGUGCUGCCACCUCUCUCUGCCUCAGUAUGAAGGUUGCUUGUGAACUCUACCCAUCCCGUGUGGUGGCACUGUGUCUGGAUCCAUACUGUGGUCUUGGCCUGGCUUUGUGGGUCCUUUCAUCUGUUUACUCUGGACAUCAGUCCAUCCUCAUCCCUCCUGGCGAGGUUGAAUUAAAUCCCUCCCUAUGGUUAUCAGCUGUCUCCCAGUACAAAGUGCGUGACACCUUCUGUUCAUAUGGAGUAAUGGAAUUGUGCACAAAGGGCCUUGGUUCCUCAAUUGCCCUUCUUAAACAGCGCAGUGUCAAUUUAGCAUGUGUAAGAACGUGCGUGGUUGUAGCAGAAGAAAGACCAAGGGUGCAGCUUACCAAUUCAUUCUCCAAGCUCUUCAGUGGAUUAGGGCUGUCACCAAGAGCGGUAUCCACAAGCUUUGGCUGCCGUGUUAAUGUGGCAAUUUGCCUCCAAGGAGCCUCAUCACCAGACCCAACAACAGUGUUUGUGGACCUUAGGUCCCUUCGUCAUGACAGAGUAACACUGGUAGAGAGGGGUGCUCCACAUUCACUGUGCAUCAUGGAGUCUGGAAAGCUUUUGCCUGGAGUUAAAGUGGUCAUUGCCAAUCCUGACACCAAAGGGCAGUGCUCAGACUCACACCUAGGUGAAAUUUGGGUUCAGUGUAACCAUAAUGCUAGUGGUUACUUUACUGUGUAUGGUGAUGAUGGAACAGCAAAUGACCACUUUAAUGCACAACUUGUCACUGGCAACACAGGGGAAGUCUAUGCUCGUACAGGUUACUUAGGUUUCCUUCGUCGCACUGAAUCCGUUCAAGCAGACGGAGAGCUUCAUGAUGCAGUGUUUGUUGUCGGGGCAUUAGAUGAGACAGUUAUUUUGAGAGGAAUGCGAUACCACCCAAUUGAUAUUGAGAUGACGGUGAUGCGAUGCCACAAGAAGAUCUCAGAAUGUGCUGUAUUCAGCUGGACAAAUUUGUUAGUGGUGGUUGUAGAGCUGGAUGGGGCUGAGUAUGAAGCUUUAGACCUCGUGCCACUCAUCACCUCAUCCGUCCUUGAGGAGCACCAAAUCAUUGUUGGUGUCAUUGUUGUGGUCGACCCAGGUGUAGUGCCCAUCAACUCUCGUGGAGAGAAGCAGCGCAUGCACCUACGGGAUGGUUUCCUGGCAGACCAGCUCGACCCUAUAUAUGUUGCAUACAACAUGUAAAGCAAAAAUGCAAAUACUAAGCCAGCCUUGAAAAAAGACAACUCUAGUUUCUUUUCCACAUUUUUAACUUCUAUUUUGAGAAGCAUAAUUCUGUCAAAGAUGAACUUGGAAUUAUAAGUAGAGUAUAUGUGAAAAGUAUACUCGGUGUAAUUAUAGUUCCAGAAAAAGUGAAUGUCCAUCUUGCACAGACUUUAUAAGAUGUGAUUUUAUUGUGGAUUAUAUCAUGAGCAGAAAAAAAAUAGUCCACAAUCACCAGCAGUUUCUGUAAUAUAUUAUGAAACCUGUGAAAAAAUUAUUGAAUUUCUACAUUUAUAUAUCUCUUAAAACAAAUAGUGAAUUGAAAAUUGAAAUGAAAGUUCCAUUUUCCGUUUACAAGUGCCAUGUGCAGCCUUUCACGAUUGCAUUUGUAGUGUGAUACAUUUCAAGUGAAUUCAGUCAUGAACUUCAGUAGAUCGUAAUUGAUAGCUUGUGAUAGUGUUUGUAAGUUUUUAGAAAGUUUAAUAGAAAUCAUAUUGCUACUUAGAAUAUAUUGGUAUUCAGAGAGAUAAAUGCUUUUGCAGCCAUUUAUUGAUCUGAUCUGAUGUUUGCCACUUGAACUAGCCAAACAGUGUAAAUAGUUAUAUCUUGGCUCAGACUCAGGCCAUUGUAAAUAAAGUACAUUACCUAUUCCCACUUUAUUUAGUCUGAGAGUGGAUUUUUCAGCAUCAUAUAAGUAAAGGUUUUCAGUCAUAAGCACAAGCUGAAAAUGAAAAGUAAAUGUUGAAAAGCCCACUCGACACACCGAGCUCUGUACAUUUGUAUAGCAGUAGAGAUAAUCAUAUUGGGCUUGGACGUUUGGUGAACGGGAACUUUGGUAUGACAAAGCUCCUUGCGUCACAGCAUGACCUCAAAUCCAGAAAGGUUAUGUUCCCAUUACAUCUUCACUUGUGGGAAGUCAUGCAAAACUGGUUAGGAGAAGUGUUUUUGCUAAUAUUUUGGGAUUUAAAGAGUUUUAAAAAAAGGAAAAUUCCACAAAUGUCAUAAAAUGGGAACAUACUGGAAUGAGGAACGAGUUAUAGUCCUAGUGUAGACUUGCUGAAAAUACACAGCGCACCAUGAGACGAUGUUACAGUAUCAGACAGAUUUUAUAUAGAAUUUACAUUCAUGAUAAAGAUUAUUUCCUUUUUAUAGGUAUGAGAGUAUUUUACAGUCAAACAUGGCUCAAGUUGUUUUUUGUGCGUGCUGUAUGACAAUAUUUAGGGCCAGAGUUUUGGCCAUGUUUUUUGGGGUAUCAUUAUUGUUGUCAGUGUUAAUUUUUUGGUCUGUGUACAUUGAAGGAGAUUUUUGUAAACUUAUGUAUAUCUCGUUGAAUUUGGUUGACGAGUAUUUUAAUCUGCCAUGCUUCAUAGAUGGGUAUUGAUUACAAAUUUUUUGCAUGUAUGAAUCCCCUUAUAUAGUCAUGAAUUGUCGUGUUUUGAAACAUUGUGGCGUUUAUGUCCAAUUAACUGUAAAGUAGAACUAAGUAUUUAUCUCAUACUUGGAAUUUUUUAUAUAAAAUGAUCUCUAUACUUUUCCACAUAUGAUAAUGAAUGGUAUGGAAUCACCUAUGUCGCUGUAUUACCCUUAAGUCAGUCAUAUUAAAUUUGAAUUUUAAAUUUGUUGUCUGUACAGUCUAGAUGAGCACAAUUGUUUGUAGCAUCGCCAGUGUAAUGAUUUAUUGAUAAAUGAUUGUAUAGGUGCAAUGAAAAUAAAUAAUUUAAUCAAAACAAAAUAUAAAAAGUGUAUGUCUGAUUGGAUGAAAGUCCCUUGUAUUCAGUUUGUGAAGGGUCAGUUCUAUGCUGAUGAGUAAAACUUUUGUGUACUGUUGCAUACUGUCGCUUCUUGAAAUUAUUAGGGUUUUCAGAGCAGCUGCAAUUAUUUCCCUGUUUUUGUAUACUGUCUCUUAACAUACAGUACAAGCAAUAAAUGUCAUGAAAAGGAUAAGUAUAAA